AUGAGAAGCUCCCAAAAGGAUACACCAAAAACCUUAGGGAAGCCAAAGAAGGAGGAAUCAGUAGAAAAGAGCAACAAAGAAGAAAAGUCGCAGAAAGAAAAAGAAGAAGACUCACCUGCCGCCAGUAAUCAAAAAGAAACAAGCAGGAAGAGUAAAGGCAAAAAACAGAAGGAGGAGGUCAACCAGAAGGAAGAAAACGACUCAAGGAAGGAAAAGGACCCCAAGAAGACUACCAAGAAGUUCAACAUUCGACGCAAGCGUUACAUAGGAAUUGGCAAUAACACAACAGACAUACGGAUACAUAAUGUUGUCUAUAACAGAGGCUCUUUCCAGUAUACGGCCCUUUGUAGAGAAACUGACUCACAUUAUUGGCGUUGUUUAACAGAUAACAUGAAGAAGAGGACACUAAGGGAUCGCUAACUAACACAUCAUAUGCUCCUAUAUAUUGGACUCCUUCA